AUGAGGCCGCAACCAGUUCAGCGUCCAGAAGAACUCAGAAUCGCUUCAGCGUAUCGCACGACCUCUGGGCCAGCAGUCCUGUUUGGUUCGCUGGAGUCUACACAAGCUCUUAGCAGGAGACAUGAAGGGAUCUACCAGCGACGUGGUGACCACCGCUUUAAAAAGGAAAAACGUGCUCGCACCUAUCGGAACUGGCGGGAGAUUUUUUCAUGGGCUGACCUGUACUACGGUGCCCUUAGCGACUGCCUGAACUAUCUGUUAGGCACUGAAAUAACAGAUGGCUACCCGAACAUGAAAGCUCUGAAGGAGAAGAUCUUCGCGCUGCCCGCCAUCAAGGCCUGGGUCGACAAGCGCCCUCCGGACGAUUUUGACCUUUAAAGAAGAGUUGGGUUUAA